ACUAACACAUCAGCCAUGGCGUCUGUUCCUUACUGCCAACAUUUGACUUGCUCUAUCUGCCUGAGCAUCUUCACCGACCCGGUGACAUUGCUGUGCGGCCACUCUUUCUGCAGAAUGUGCAUCACAGACGCCAGGAACACUCAGCGCUUUUGUCCAGAGUGUCGGACGCCCCUUCCUCAGGAAGAGACCCGUCUUCCAACCAGCCAUAUACUGAAAAACCUCGCUGAAAAGGCUAGAAACACAAAGGAGGCGAAGGCGGAGCAGGAAUUUGAGAAUGAAGAGGUGGCCAACUUGUGCCCUGAACAUGAUGAGAAGUUGAAACUGUUCUGUGUCACAGAUCAGCAGUUAGCUUGUGUCAUAUGCCGAGAUGGAGCGACUCACCAACAACACAUAUUUAAACCAGUUGAAGAAGCAGUAGUGUCUCUGAGGAAGCAGCUGGAGGCACUGGUGCAGCGCAUCUCUAAUGAUGUUGGUGCAACUGAAAAUCUGGCCAACAAUCAGAGUGAAGAGAUAACUAAAACCAAAGAGAAGUCAAAGCAGCUGAUGACCCAUAUCUGCAAACAGUUCAAGGAGAUGCGUGAGUUUUUGAGAAACAGAGAAGAACAGAUCAAGACAGAUCUGAAACACAAAGCGGAAGAUGCUGUCCAGAAAAUGACUAAGACAUUAAAUGCAAUAGAAACAGCUAUAACAGAGAGCCUCGUGCUGGAGGUAAAAGUUGCUUCUGCUUUGGAAAUCACAGACACUUACAAGUUCUUGAAGUGGUGGAGUGAGAAUAAUAGUGAGCCUCCAGAACAUUUAUUUAGACCAAGAGCCAAAGACUUCCAAGUGGUGAAAACAUAUCUCUCUUUGGGACCACACGAAAGUCACCUGCAGUUCUUUGUGUGGAAGGAGAUGCUCCAGGUUAUCCAGCCCCGAGCAGAACUGCUGUCACUCAGAAGAAAUAGCACAGAUAUAACAGUGUCUGAUGAUGGACGGAGUUUGUUUUGUACACCCAAAAGCAUGCCACCUCACUUAUACCCUUCCUUGGUUCACAAUACCAUUACAGGACAUGGCCAAACCAAGCACAGUCCAUUAUUUAGCCCUGACACAGGAUUUGGCCAACUCAUGGCCAUUCCUUCUUUGACGUCCGGUGCAAGAUUUGGCCAAACCCAGACAAAUCCUCAAUUUGGCUCCGGUGAAGGAUUGGUCCAAACCACAAGUAGCCCUUCAUUUUGCUCCAAUGCAAAAUUUGGACAAACCAGAACAAACCCCCCAUUUGCCUCUAGUAUGGGAUUUAUGGCCAAUCGUUUUUGUGGGUCCAAUGCAGGAUUUGGCCAAACCAAGACCAAUCCUCCAUGUGGCUCUGUUGCAGGAUCUGGCCAACUCAUGGCCAAUCCUUCUUUUGGGUCCAGUGCAGGAUUUGGCCAAACCAUAAUUUCAGACAAAUAUAAUGCAUUUAGCGAUGAUGAGUUCUAUUCAGGGCAUCAUUACUGGGAGAUAGAUGUUGGACACAGAGAGUAUUGGGAGCUAGGGAUCAAAAAUACUUUCCUAAAAUACGAUGGCCGGAAAUAUUCCACCUGCAGUUCAAACAUAAUCACGGAGCUACAGUUUGAAGGCAGACCAAGAAAGAUUGGGAUUUAUCUAAAUUGCUCAUCCAAGAAGGUCUCAUUCUAUGAUGCAGACAACAUGACACAUAUUCACACUGUGAGCUCACGAGCCAUGCCCUCGCCAAUGUCAGCGUAUUUUAACAUCAGAUACAGAACACCAGAUCCUAAUCCCAUGACAGUGUGCUGGUACUGACUACUGCAUGUCCAAUGAAAAAGACAAAUUUGGGGCGAAUAACAAAUCACUGUUUUUUGGGGGGCAUUUAGUGGGCAUUUACUGUUUCCAUCACAACUUAGUUUAGUCAUUCUCCCUUGAAAACAGACUGCUACUGUAAAUAACACUUGAGAAUGUCCGUAUAACAAAUUACAAUUUGCAACUAAUCUUUUGAUUGCCUUCAAAACUCAUACCAAAUAUAAUAAGAUACACUUAGUGUAAGAAGGUCAACCAACAGAUAACAUUUUUUCUCAAUACCUGAUAUUAAGACUGGGACUCUAACUUUCUUAUAGCUUGUCUGUUUGCUCAUUGCAUUCCAUGAAUUUUGUUUGCAUUUAUAUCACGUUAUGGCGUGUUAAGCAAUUACAUCAUGUUACCAUUAUGCUAUUACAUGUUACACAUUUACAUUAUGCCACACAUUACAUUGUUUUGUGUGGGUUUGAAUUUAAAUGGUCAUCAUACUGGUUCAAAAGAGACAACAUAAUGCUUUCUGUUGAUAUGAAAUUGUUAAUGCUGCAUACUGUUUGGGUUUUAUAAGGCAUUAUUUUAAGCUGUGAAUUUCUUUUAGAUUUCUGUUUUGUUUGAGAUUUGUGGAUGAUGAUUGACAGGUAAAACCUAAAUACUAAAAAGCGGAACUGACAGACAAUCAGGUUAGUUUGACCAAUAAUGAAUUUAAAAUAUGCUGAUGACACAGUUAUCUCACAAGGAAAGUUGUAGCUCAUUGACUUGCUUGCAUUGUCUUUCUCUUUCUUUUUAGAAGUCAACAAACAUUUUAAACUUUGUUUAAUAGUACAGAUUCUAAAGAAAGUUGUUUACAGUAGCCCCUCAGUUUUUAUUUUUAGUAGCCAUGGUAUAUGAUACAGUGUACAGUGCAGAAUGCCAGUUAUUUUGAACAUUGUUUUCUGAACUUGACUGGUGUGUAAAUUUGUCCGUGUGACUUUGUGUGUAGAAUCCCUGAAUUUGUGAUUUAGCAGAUUUAACACUGUCCAUGUGCAACAUUGUCUCAUAAAAAUAGUAUAUUCCAAAAUGAAUAAACUGCUGUUUUACUAUGUAUCA